UCGAAGGAUGUUAUUUCUGAAGAAAGAGCUUAAAGCCUUAAACAAGAGGCUUGAAAUCGAACAGAGACAAACUAGACAGGAAAGGAAAGGAACGAAGAGUGUUGGGUCCAGUAGUCUCAUCUUGAUGUCUAUCCCAUUCCUCUCGGAAGCUCUCGCGCCCCAUUAGUUACACCCUGCCCUUCCUACGAUCGUCAAAAGUGUCCACACAGUAUCAAAAAGGGUGGGCGGCCGGGAAGCUCUUCACCGAGAAGCUUCACCGACACCGAAGUCCUCCAAUCUCAUCUCUUCUCAACAUCCCUCUCCUCUUCUUGCUCUCCGACUCGAUAUUGAAUGAUCCAAUCUAGAUUGUAGGAGAAAAAGCAUGAAGGACGAAGCUUUUCAACACCACUAUCUCCACCACCGUCAGCAGCAGCAGCAGCAGCAGCAGCAGCAGCAGCAGCAGAGGAGUUUCUCCGAUGAAGUCGACAGCAGCAGGAGCAGCGGUGAGACUAAGAGGAUAAAGGUCGACGAGCCCAAGGACAAGGAGCGGGCGGCGGCGGAGGGGUCGACGAUCGAGGUGGCGAAGCGGCCCCGAGGGCGGCCGCCCGGUUCCAGGAACAAGCCCAAGAUCCCCGUCGCUAUCACGCGCGACGAGGAGCUGUCUUCCGCCAUGUGCCCUCACGUCCUCGAGAUCCCCUCAGGCCACGACGUCGUCGACUCGUUGGCCGGCUUCUCCCGCCGCCGCAACCUCGGCGUCUCCGUCCUCUCCGGCACCGGCGCCGUCGCCAACGUGACCCUCCGCCAGCCCCAGCUCGGCGGAGCCGCAUCGGUUUCCACGAUCGCCUUCCGCGGCCACUUCGAGAUCCUCUCCAUCUCGGCCACGUUCCUGCCGCCGGCUAUGGCGGCGCUGUCGUCCGCAUCCGGCGCGGGCGGGGGCCUGAUCUCGAUCUCUCUGGCAGGACCUCAAGGGCAGGUGGUGGGCGGAAUCGUGGCGGGGCCACUGGUGGCUGCGGGGACGGUGGUGAUAGUAGCCGCCGCAUUCGCCAAGCCAACCUUCCACCGCCUUCCGUCAGCAGACGACGCGUCGGUCUCUAUCCCAGUCUCCGGCGACAUGGAGGACCACGAGCAUAACACGUACGCGCAGCGGCGCCACCAAGGGCCGGUGGACGCGGUCUCGGCAGCAGCGGCGGCGGCGGAACCCACCGGCCUGUCAAUCUACGGGAGCCACGCAGCGUCGGACGUCAUUUGGGCGCCCAUGGCGCGCCCUCCACAACCCCCCACAUUCUGAUGCCUAAUUAAUAUAAUCAAUUUCCCCAGUUUUCCUACUUUAUCAUCUUUAAUUAGACAAUAUAUUGGUUGGAAACUCUUCUCAUAUAUAGCUUCCGAACAUCGUCUUCCAAUUAAUUUGGUGUUCCUUUUUAUAAUAGCACUGCACAAUCUGCCGGGGAAGACAACAGUUGAGUUAUCAGUUACACUGAAUACUGAGAUACUCAUGCAUGCAUGGAUAUUGACUGGAUUUUUCUUCACCGGAGUGCUCUAAUUGUUCCUCGAUCA